AGGGAGCUUUGAAAGCUUGCCGUUUCCAGGCAAUCCAUUGAGAACUAUUGUAAUAAGUUGCUGCUCAGCGCUUUAUCGAACUCCGCGCCGCACCGCGCCCUUGGCUGCCGGGGCUGCCGACCGCACCUGUACCUAGUACCACACUACUCCGCUAGCUAGCUGGAAUUGGAACAGUUCGAAAGAGACGAGAGGGCAAUGAACAAGCUGGAUCCCCAACCUUUAUAGAUCCGUCGAGAUAAACACAAAAGAUGUGAUCCAAAGUAGAUAUGACAUGGAGUCUGAAACUUUGGAAGAAGAGAUGGAAGCUGCCACAGUCGGUGACGGUGAGGAAGGCGUGAAUGGGACUGCGAUGGACCACCUCAAAACUUCUUCUAUGCCUUCAAAUGACUGUCUGCCAAGCUGUGAGAGUCAGACCAGGAACUCAUCUCUCUUUCACCUUGUUCAAGAUGGUUUCCAGCCAAAGAACAGCUAUGAGCAUAGCAAGAAACUAACAGAAUUGGUUGAUGUAACAUACAACCCCAGGACCAAGCAGUUUAUUUUCCUGGACACGAGAGGCAUUACAACGUGGUAUAAAGAUGGGAUUGGACAUGCAGUCAAUCGAAGUAUGACGUUUCCAAAGUAUCAAAACAAAGUUCUGAGGAACAUCAUCUAUGCCAGGAAACACAAUGUCUACUUCUGCCUUGCCAAAGACUUCUCCUUGAAGGUGCUAAAUAAGGAUUUCGAGGAGACUUGCAACAUUGAUUCUGAUCUUAGCUCUGUGAUGUUCCUUCUGUUUAACCCUGUAAGAGAUGAGCUUAUUACAGGAGGUGUGAAAGGAACCAAGGUUUGGGAGUUCAGACAAGUUGCUGAUGAAGUAUGGAGAGAAAUCAAGCCAAUGGCCAACUACAAGCUCUUCUUGACGAAGGAGCUAGAAUCUGUGAAAGGUAGCUGGAUUAAAAAGGUAGAGCUGAAUGAACAGUUCCAGCACAUCUACUGUUGCUCCGACACGUCUGUCCAUUGCUAUGAUAUGGAUGGCAAGCUCAUCUUUAAGAUUGAGAGAGCCCAUGAUUCCCAGAUAAAUGGCUGUAAAUUCUCCCCUCAAGCUCGGCUUCUUGUAACCUGUUCAAAUGAUCAUCAAGUGAAGGUAUGGACACUUAAUGGAGGUCUGAUCAAUGUGUUCCGAAGCCACUCCAAGGCUGUAACCGAUGUAGUCCUGCACCCGGAGACUUCCAUGAUGGUAUUGACUGCUUCUCUGGAUGGGUCGGUCAAGAUCUGGUCUCUGGACAUCAUGGAACUCCUCUACAGUGUGGUUGUAUCCACUGAAGGUAUUCACUGGAUGGGUUUGACGGGAGAGGGUCACUUGUGGACAGCGACCUUGCAAGACCUCAACCUCUGGUCAAUCAACGAGGUGGUCACCUUCUACGCCUUGGCAAGGUGCCGUACCACAUCCCUUUACGUCGCCCAGCUUGACCACAAAGCCAGCAGGGUAGUGGCAGUGGGUGAAGAUAGCAGUGUUCGACUGGUAUCUAUGAAGGAUCAGAAGAAUCUAUCGACCGUCCUACCGCCUCCAUCAGUAUCCCCCCUCACCCAGGUCCUCUCAGUGGCCUACAACCGUGAAUACAGUCUUGUCUACCUCCUGGUCAACCCCACCGAGAUAUGGGUCUAUACUAUGAAAACUGACCCAGCAUGUCGGACUGCUGUUUGGGAUGUCUUGAAGAUUCAGGACCGUAACAAGGCAAGAUCCCAGUCUGCUCGAGUGCACUCUUCUACCCCACUUCCAGUUGACAAGAAAAUGGCACCAACGCUACGAGCAUCCAGCGCCCACUUCAAGGGGUUCCGCUUUCGCUCGGCCAGUGCUGAAGGGCCGCCGGGCAUCGAGGUGGCCGUGCCUUGCCACUCGGUUCUUGCUCUUCAUUCCCACGUUCAGUACUGGGAAGAUCAAGGCUUUGUGUGUCCUCGCAAAAGAAGCCUUCUUCUCUUAGGCCUCGAGGAUGGUAGAAUUCUCUUCAUGGAUCCAGUCAACUUUGGGGUGAGGAUCUGUGAACUACAGGCUUCCAAAGAUGCUAUUCUUGAGAUGCACAGGGAUCACUACCAUAAUACUCUGGUCAUUAGGAGUCACCUGAGAGAAGAAGACCUGUUCCAGGUCUGGUCUGUCCCAGAGCUCCAGCUCACUCAUGAAGUCCUGGUUACGACGGAUGUCACAGGAUACGUAAGAUUGGGUAAGAAGUUGUUCACUGGACAUUCUGACGGAGCGGUCAAGGUUCAUGACCUCCAGUCAGUGGGAGAUGACCCUCACGCUGGUCUGAGACACACAGGACUCUCCUUGAUGGGUAAUGACCAGAAUGCAGGGCCUAGGGAACACUCGGGGCCCAUCAUAGCCAUGGACGCGUGCCCAGAAAGGGGCAUCUUUGUCACAUGCAGUGGUGACGCUGUCAUCAAGAUAUGGGACUGUAACAAGGCUUUAUUAACAGAGAUCACACUGAGCCAGACCCUCUCUACCGCAAAGUUCCUCAACGCCAAGGGAGACCUUCUCAUAGGGUACCUGAACCACCUCUUCCUUAUUGAUCAUGCCAAAGUAUUGCCAUCAGCAGACCAAUCUUCACCUCAGUCUGAUGAUACCUUUGAAACAGAAUCUGAAAUCUAUGAGGAUCCAGCCGUAAAGUAUGAAGGACCUGCUGCGAACCCAGAUCCACUGGAUCUUGAGAAUUACUUGGUUCCUUUUAACUUGGACUUGACCCAGCGUUUCUUAGCAGGGGAAGGGUCCCCCUCCGGUUCUGCUGAAUCUUCAGAUAUAGAAAACGAUGAUGACACUGAGAGCCAGUUCUCCUAUGCUGCUACUGAAGUUUACCAGUCUCCUACAGCAACCCCUCGCCGUCUGUCUGUUGUUGAUAUGCUGGUAUCCACUGAAGCAAUCAACACAAAAGCUAUUAAAGCAAAUAAAGAAGUAUAUUCCAUGAGGCGCAAACAGUCUACAAGAAGGCACUCGUUUCACACCAACAGAGACGGGACAACAGGGAAGUUUGAGUUCCCCAUAUUUGGACGUUCUCCAGGCCCAUCCCCGUCUCCUACCCCACCCUCAACCCCAAGUGAUAUGUCUGUUUCUGACGUUUCUAGUGAGUCAGAGGAGGAGGAGAUUGGGAAAAUUGAAGAAGAGCCAGAACCUCUCUUCCCAACUGUUACAGAAGUUCCCAUCUUGGAGAGGAAGCCGCCAUCCAAACCAGCCGAGCCUGUUCCUGUGAAGGCUAAGGAAGAAGAGUCAAGGUUUGGCUUAUCUGCCAUGAAGAUUGAUGCCAAAGCCCUUCUUGCUAGCAUGAGGAAAGCACCCAGCUCGGCUACUAUGAAGAAACCCAGUACCCCGUCACAGAUGGCUGUAGAUGAACAAGGUGGAGAGAGAUUUAGGCCAGCAACGAGUAAAUCAGCCAUUAAGAAGAAAGAGCAGAAGAAAAACAGGACUCGUGUGAGUCAGAAGUCAAUUGGAGGAGGAGGAGGUGAAGGAGGUGGAGGUGGAGGAGGAGGAGGAGGAGGAGCAGCAGCAACAGCAACAGCAACAGCAGCAGAAGGAGUAGGACAAGGAGGAGGAGGAGCAGGAGCAGGAGCAGGAGCAGGAGCAGGAGCAGGAGCAGGAGCAGGAGGAGGGCCACAGACGGCUAUUCAAGGGAGUCCUGCUCAGUUAUCUAACAAGCAGAUUGGAAGCAAAGUAGGAGAGAAGAUCACACCCAAUAAAGAUGUCUCACAAGUUGGAAUGUCAACCGUUCAGCUAGAUGGACCGGAUGGAAAGGGUGCAAGUGGCACCCCCAGCGGCGCAGGGAGCAGGGGCAAGAAGCUUGUGGUUAAAGAGAAGAAGAAGAAUAAACAGCCCAUAGUAUUCUCAAGAGAUGGCAGAGCAGGAAAAGGGGCUAAAGACAAGACAGAGUCGAGCAACGAAAAAGAUUCUCAGGCCAUGGAGGAGGCUCCUGGUGAAGCAAAUGAAGCAGGAACUGCCAAAGACACAUCAUCAGUGCCUGCUGGCUCAGGCGGAGGACUGGGUGCCAUGGCCAUGUUCAAAGCUGCCAAUAAGCUCCAGAUCAGUCAGAAGUAUGGGCCAGAACAAACGAAGAUUGCCGUGGCACCCCAGGUAGACGACGUCAUGGGUGAUGGUGGGCUCCAAGGCGACGAGACGGGAAGUCCUCCAACUGGUGAUGAUGAGAUGCACAUGGAAGACCAUGCAGGGUCUUCUGAGGAUGAAGGUGAAGGAGUAAAAGUGGGAUACCCCAUGGAGGAGGAGGAAGAACAUAGGAGCAACGAGGAAGAUGGAGAAGAAGAUGAAGAAGAAGGGAGAGCAACUGUUCAGAAGAGUUGCAUCACUUCCGGAAGGAGCAUGAGCGCCAAGGAAGGUCGUGUCAGAUUUGACAUCCCAGGGAAGCGGGCCCAGUCGGCUGUUUCCAGGCUGGCAGGAGAGCGCGGCAGAGGGGGUCUGCAUCACCAUCCUGCAGGGUUUGACAGCGACGCCUUAUCAAUGCUCUCUUCCAUGGGCAGAACAAACUCAGACGAUGAGCUAGCAGAUAUUCCCCAAUCCAGACAGAGUUUUUUUGAUGACUCUGAUUUCAAUGGUAGCCCCACCCCUCCGAACACAAACUUCUCUGUCUCGAUAAUGUCCAAGGCGAGCACGAGACAGGCCAGCCUUCAAGGAUCUCGUAUCGGUUCUGGUCUGUCGAGGUUUGAGACGGAUUCUCCUUUCUCUCCCAUGAGGCUACCCUUCUCGCCGUUGGCUGCCCCGUCUCCUCUCAGGUUCUUGGAUGAGGGAGGGAGGGGGCUGCUUGACAUGGACCGUGGUAGCUUGGCAGACGAUGUAAAUAGCAUCAGCGAUGUGGCCCCGGUCAACUACAACAGAGCUAUUCCUUUCAGUGCCCCACCUGAAGGGCGCAGAGCACGACCCAAUACAGCAGAACGAAUGAAGGAAGAGCAGCUAAGACCCCUCACAGCAGGAGAUGACCCCCAUGUGACCUUUCAAGAUGAGGACUUUGGAAGCAUGACAGAACAAGAAUUUCAGAAACACUUGGACUUUGUGAGCUCACCGACUGAUCUGAGUGGCUAUUUGAAAAAUGAUGGACUUCAACUUGACAAGAAUUGGACAGACAGGAUGAUCCAGCGACACCACUUCUUGAAGAUGCAGAAGGAUCAGCGAGUCAAGAGUGCAGCCGACAGACGUCAGCUCCUUGAGCUUCGCCAGCGCCAAAGACGAAAGGCACUCCUGGGUCAUCAUCAGUGUUCUUUCGACGGCCCUGGGUCUGGGGGCCGUCAGAAUGAAAAUCUUACCCAGUCUGAUCCAUCACUGAAUUCAAAGAGGAGCAUGAGGGCAAAGAGUGCUCCAGCACACCAAGCCAGGCAACUCUCGUCCCGAUCACGUGACACACACUCCCCACUCGGCCAACGCAAGCAAGCAUUGGUCGGCAGAAACACCGAGCAACAGCCAGCGUUCACCCAACGCCAGCAGGCUUUUAGGCCGUGUAGCCAAUGUAUCGAUCAACAGGUAGACCAUCCUAGGGUCGACAGGAGCCUGGCAGGCAGUCCUGCUGGGCCCUCAACGGCAAGUUGGAAUCAUCGGUCUUCAAGUCCCGGUGAUCAUCAAACCUCGAGAUGUAAAGGGGAACAUCGCCCUCUCAGUCAGGGAGGUCAGCAGGAAUCUAGACAGAGGACAAGCCAGCAGAGUGAUCGUCAACUUAAGCAGAGUAGAACAAGAUCAGACAUGGCUGCUGAAAGACCUUACAGGUUUCACUUCAACAGCUCCAAGAACAAGUCAUCCAAGAGAAGAGAUGAUGUUCCUGGAGACAUGGUCAGUCACGAUUCAUCUAGCAACCAUCUACUGGUCAAGAAGAAACAAAUCGCAAAGUCCAUCCCAAGCAAACCAAGGCGGUACGUGCUAGUCCACCAGCCUGGCACCGAACCCGGAGCCUUGGUGCCCUCAACCCUGGAAGAGCAGCUCCUUGCCAAGCGCUUUCCCAAGAUGCACAAGCGGUUGCAGCGGGUCGCUCCUGCCCCCGAGGAUGAAAAAGAGGGUGCUCCGGCUCCUCCUCCUCCCCCUCAGCGCAAGAACUCUUUGAAUCCGACUUAUGUGAAUCAGUUACCGAACAAUCUGGGUUCAAGCCCGUCGUUGAUGUGAAAGCUAUGGGCGUGCAUACCUGCCAACCCUUCCGAAUAAUCCGGAAUAUUCUGUUUUUUUCGAUUUUUUUUUGUUUUUUGUUUGUUGCUUAAGCCAAAUUAAGCUUGUUUUUAUCAUAUGCCGCGAUGUGAAAGUUCAUGUAUUACGUGCGUUUAGGGCUGCAUGAUUGAGCAGCGAAUUUGUCUUCGCUUUUUUGCACAGAUUUACCGCGUAUUGCCAGUUACACUGCCGUUGCAUGUGCGAACGCCCGUAAAGGGUACAGAUUUCUUAUUUUUGAAGACAUACCGUGCUAAAAAUUCUUAAUUCUCAUUUUCAAAUGUUGGCAGAUAUGGGAGUGUGUGUUCCAAGCGGCUUAAAUAUAGUGUCUUCUUUCAAGGGAAUUAGUAACAUUGUUCAGAUGAGAGAAAAUGGUGCUAAGGUAGUGGAUUCAAUGCUAGAUGUACAAUUAAAGAUAAUCUGAAAGUUUGAUUGAAAACAGACCAUU